AUGUUGGCUGCUGCUCGAGAGGUGAUCAUCCCCAGCACGGGGCGGCCCGUCCAGAUUCGAAUCGGAGUCCACAGCGGCCCCGUGGUCAGCGGUGUGGUGGGCACCCGAAUGCCGCGGUUCUGCCUCUUUGGGGAUACUGUGAACACGGCAUCACGCAUGGAGAGUACGGGAGUCCCGGGUGCCGUACACGUUUCC